AUAGACUCCGCCCGUAUACAGAUUUCUUCCUGCUUUCUCUUUGGCAACAGAAAUAUAUUAGCAAAAUGCUACCUCGAUAUCCAGCAGACGUACAGCUCCACAACACAUACAGCACCCUGGAGAAAUCAACAGGACUGACGAAUCUUUUACAGGAGCAUGAAUAGAUGCCUGGAGUCAGACAAGAUGAUCAGGGUGGGCAGAAGCAGUCCAGAUCUUGUUCACCCUGACAUGAGUGAUCUGAGGAUCGUUCUUCUGGGGAAAAGCGUGUCAGAAAACAGCGAGGUGGGAAACCUCAUCUUGGGCCGAUCAGCGUUUGACAGUGAAGCUCCUCCAGGUGUGGUGGAGAGAGUGGGAGGAAGACUGAAGGACAGAUAUGUGACGCUCAUCAACAGUCCUCAGCUGCUCCACACAAACAUCUCAGAUGACCAGAUCACACAGACGGUCAGAGAGUGUGUAAGUCUGUCUGAUCCAGGACCUCAUGUGGUGGUUCUGCUCCUCCAACAUCAGCAGUGUUCAGCAGAAGAUCAAGAGCGUGUGGAGAAGCUGCAGGACUCUUUCUCUGAGCGCCUUUUUCAACACACCAUGGUGCUCAGCACACAAGAGUCCACUGAACCUAAUGAGAUCCUGCAGAAAAUCAUCCAGACGUGCUCAAACAGACACUUCAGUCUUCAGAGAAGCAGCUCUGCUGAUGAUCUUCUGCAGGCAUUUGAGGACAUUGAGAAGAACAAUGAGGGACGACACCUGAUUUCUGCUCAAUAUGGAGCUUCUAAGUAUUUCACAGUGGAGAAACAGGACACACAAACAUACUGUGAGAAGCUGAAUAUUUUGGUUUGCGGGAGCGACAGCUCUCUGAAAUCCUCCAUCUCAGAGCUGAUCCUGCAACAUACACACAGAUCAGAGAGGACAGACGUAGUUCUUCAUGGUCGUCAGAUCAAUGUGCUGGAGCUUCCAGCUCUGUUCAACACUGAGCUCUCAGAGAAAGUGAUGUGUCAGACUCACCGAUGUGUGUCUCUCUGUCAUCCUGGAAUUCAUGUUUUCCUUCUCAUUAUUCCUGACUCUUCACUCAAUAAUGAAGACAAAGCAGAAAUAGAAGAGAUCCAGAAUAUAUUCAGCUCCAGAGUCAACAAACAUCUUAUGAUCCUCAUCAUGAAGAGCACAGAGAGUCAGACGGAAGAACUUAAUGAAGAAACACAGGCUGUCAUUGAGAGUUUCGGAUGUCGACAUAAUUUCUUUGGUCCCAAAACACAAGUCUUUACAUUGAUGGAGGACAUUGAGCAGAUGCUGAAAGAAAACAGAGGAGCCUUUUUCUCCACAGAGACAUUUCUGGAGGCACAGGUGAAAAAACUGAUGAAAUAUGAAGAGAUGAAGAAGAAACUUCAAUCAUUAGAGACAAAUCUACUGUCACAAGGUUCAACAGAUAAUGAGGAUGCACUAAGGAUUGUCCUGCUAGGAAAAACUGGAGUUGGGAAAAGUGCAACAGGAAACACAAUCUUGGGAAGAAUUUUAUUUAAAGCAUCAUUAUCUCAAGAGUCUGUUACUAAAGAGAGUCAAAGCGAAACUCGAGAAAUCAAUGGUCGACACAUUACUGUAAUCGAUACGCCAGGACUGUUUGAUACUGAACUCACUAAUGAGGAAAUCCAGAAAGAAAUCAGCAACUGCAUCUCCAUGAUUCUGCCUGGACCACACGUGUUCAUCAUCGUGCUCAAUUUAGGACAGAGAUUCACUCAAGAAGAGGCUAAAUCAGUGCAGAUCAUCCAAGAGACAUUUGGGGAAAACUCUUUAAUGUACACCAUGGUGCUCUUCACCAGAGGAGAUUAUAUGAGGGACCAAACCAUUGAACAGUGUUUGGGGAAACCUGGAUCUCCUCUAAUGAAGCUGAUUGAAACUUGUGGACACAGAUUCCAUGUGUUCAACAAUAAUCAGACUGAAGACCAAACACAAGUGGCUGAUCUACUGGAGAAGAUAGACAACAUGGUGAAGGCAAACGGAGGAAGUUUCUACUCUUGUAAGAUGUUCAGAGAGAUGGAGAGAAAAAAGCAAGAACAACAGAUGAAGAUCCUGAUGGACAAAGUCAGAGAAACUGAAGAAGAGAUGAAGAAACUAGAAGAUGAGAAAGACAGAAUUAAGAUGAUGAUGAAGGAAGAACAACAGAAUCAGGAGAAAGAGAGAAAGAUAAGAGAAGAACUAAAAGAAGAGGAGGAAAAAAGACAGAUUUUAGAAGAACAAAAUCAGAGACUUAAGUGUGAAAUGGAGGAAAUAAUCAGACACAAGAAUAGAAUAGAAAGAGAGAAAGUAGAACAACUGCAGGAUUUAGAGAAGACACUAAAAGAAGAAAGAAACAUGAGAGAAGAACAACAAAGGACUCAUGAAGAAACAGUAAAAGUCCUUGAAGAAGAGCAUAAAAAUGAUUUGGAGAUACAACGAGUGCAGUGGAGGGAGGAAUAUGAAAAAGAGAAAGAAGAGAUGAAAAUCAGCUUUGAACAACAGGCAGAAAAAGAGGCCAUUGAAACUGUGGAAGUCAAAGCAGAAAGGAUACAGCAACUGUUUCAGAGACUUCACCUUCUCAGAACUGAGAAGCUGAGAUCUGCAGAUGUUAAUAAGAUAUAUGAACAUUCAUUACUGACACAUGAGUCUUGUGCUGAAGAGGAGCUGGUUCAGACCUUCAUACAGAAAAUACUGAUGAUGAACUACAGAGCAAGAUACAUUCAAACUAAUUCAUCCAACCAGUUAAGAGUCAUUGACUCAUCUGAAGAUGAAUAUGAUAUUUUUGAUGUUGACUUUAGAAAGAUCUCUAAUUCAACAACUCAAUCUGACCUCAUUCACCCGAUGGAUGUUCAGAUGGCCGUGUUUCAGUGUGCUGAUGGUUUCCUGAAGCAGCUGAUAGUCACUAAACUGUCCCAGUGUCAGUUCGCUCUGCCUCUCCUUGUUCCUGAUCCAGAAACUCAACAGAUUGAGUUUCCUCUUUGAACAUUCAGACAAAUCAACAAG